AAUUAUUUACACAUGGUUUCCUCCAAUAAUUUGAUUUAAAAUAAUGAACAUAGAUAAACCAAAGAUUCGGAUCUUCCACUACUCUAGUCCUAGUGAAUAAAUUCAUUAUUGCACGGAAACAAUAAAAUGUAAUAUAUUUUUUAUGAUUAUAGUGUUAAAAACAAUAUUAAUUCAUUAAUCUAAUAUAAAAAGCGAUGCAAGAGCUUGUCCGUAUGCCUCAGCAACAAGUUUUUAUUGCUGUGGAAUCAAAUCAAUUUUAGUCGUGUCUACAAACCUACGAACGUAGUGGCCAAGUGUUUUUUGUUUCUUCUGAAAUUGAGUGUAUGUUCAUGAUGGUUUCUGUGGAUUUUGGACGGUGUUAGUGUUAGUGUAAUUGUAUUUAAAAUGGUGACGAUGAAUUCGUCUGAAAAGGCGGCACAAAAGGCCUGUCAGCAAGGACCAUCUAGAGAGAACACAAAAUGUGUAAAAGAAGAGAAAGACAAAGAGAAAAAGAAAGACAACUUGAUCAGCAACCUGCCGCCAAAUGUUCAGGCUUUGAUGUCAACCAUACCAUCUCCGGAGGAGUCUCCCAACUAUCUUGUCUACAAAAAAAUGGAGGCCAUCAUUGAGAAGAUGCAAGACGAGACCACCGGAGUUCCUGUCAAAACCGUUAAGAGUUUUAUGACUAAAAUACCCUCUGUGUUUACUGGUUCGGACCUGAUCGCAUGGCUGAUGAGGCACCUGAACCUUGAGGAGACCUGGGAGGCUCUGCAUCUCGCUCAUCUACUGGCAGCCCACGGCUACCUCUUCCCAAUAGAUGACCACUGCUUGACCGUCAAGAAUGACAGCACUUACUAUAGAUUUCAAACUCCAUACUUCUGGCCUUCAAAUCAGUGGGAACCUGAAAACACAGAUUAUGCCGUGUACCUAUGUAAGCGCACGAUGCAGAACAAAGCUAGGCUGGAACUGGCUGACUAUGAGGCGGAGUCGCUGGCGAGACUACAGAAGAUGUUCAGCCGCAAAUGGGAGUUCAUAUUCAUGCAGGCCGAGGCCCAGAGUAAGGUUGAUAAGAAACGGGAUAAAUUGGAGAGGAAGGUUCUAGACAGCCAAGAGCGAGCUUUCUGGGAUGUACACCGACCAAUGCCUGGCUGUGUGAAUACGACUGAGAUGGACCCUAAGAAAUUGUCACGGAUUAACGCGUUGAAGGCGAAGCGGCUACGGCAGUGCCAGGAGUUGAUAAUGCAGCAUAAUUUAAAGAACAACCCAAUAGUGACGAUAACAAACCCGCAAGAGAGUGAAGAGGCUAUACAGAAGGGAUCCGAGAUUAUAACUAAGGAGAAUGGUGAACCGUCGCAGUCAGGUGCAGCGGGGUCUGCUGGGGAGCAGCAGCAGACCAUCGAGCAGCAGAUCGCGGCUGCGCAGCAGCAGCUGACCGUGCUGCGCGCGAGACUCGAGCGACGCAACGUGCGCGUCAGCAAGGUCGCCGAGAUGUUCAUAUCAUACUGCGAGCAGUACGCGGAGUACGACGCGUUCCUGACGCCGCCCGAGUGGCCGAACCCCUGGGUUAGUGACACAACAGAACUAUGGGACCAGGAGAAGCAGUGCAAGGAGCCGCUGCCGCUGCGGCGCGUGCGGCGCUGGGCGUUCGGUCUGCGCGAGUUGCUGCGCGACCCGCCCGGCCGCGACCACUUCGCGCGAUUCCUGAGUAAAGAGUUCAGCGAGGAGAACCUCAAGUUCUGGCUAGCGGUACAAGAGCUGAAGGCGCUACCGAUACGGCGCGUGCCGGCGCGGGCCAAGGAGAUAUGGAAGGAGUUCCUGGCAGCAGACGCGCCCUCGCCUGUCAAUAUUGAUGCCGCCAGCAGGGAGCUGACCAGAGCGAAGGUGGAGGCCGGCACGGCGGACAGAUAUUGUUUUGACGAGGCGCAGGCGCACGUGUACCACCUGAUGAAGUCUGACAGCUACUCGCGGUACCUGCGCUCUGACAUGUACAAGGACUACCUCAACGGAUCCAAGAAGAAGACGUCCGUCAAAGGUAUUCGCUCCAUCGUGUCCUUCACUGGAAGGAAGGAAACAUCCAGCAACUAGACCAAGUAAGGUUGUGCUUUGUAUUAGGAUCACAUCGGGGGAGUCAAAAUAAUGUCACAAGAAGGUGACUAUACGUCUAACAGACAUAGUUGGUGUCUCAGAGACGUAUAUUCGAGAUGUUAUGCAAGUUUGCUUGUGUAUUCACUAUCGCCAUUUUGUCGAUGGCGGUUUCUUGUAUUCAAAAUUUCGAAGCCAUAUUUUAACUAGUCUUUUUCUUAUUUCGAUAAAAUUUAUGACAAAUAUUUAAAAGUUUAAAAGGACAUAUUCCUUUUUUUUUUAAUUUCAUUCGAAGCUUUACAUAAUCGCAUUUUACACAUCUGAUCUCUUUCUGCAUUGCAAUAUUUUAUGGUAUUAUACUUGGGGAUAAUAAGGGUUAGUUCAACUAGAGGGUAAGUCCACAUAAUUAAUUCAAGUGUUUUCAUGGUGCUAUAUACUUACACCAUUUUGUUCUGUCAUGGCGCACCAUGGUGCUAGUCGAAAAAGAUACUUCGUGAUUAAGCCUCAACUCAAAUUGUCUGGAGUUACCUUUUUCUGAACUCUCCCUGAUAUAGACCCUUUUACUUUUCACACCAUAAAACGAUUUAUAUUAUUAUAAAGUUUUUUUUCAUCACUCAAAUCUCAUUCCAAAAAAUGUUGACGCUUUAAUUUGAAAAUCGAAUACCAAAGUUUUUUUAACAAAUUCACAAGACUGUCCGAUGAUGUACUGCCUGUUAAGUUUGUUUAAAAAUGUAAAUAACGACCUUCACAGUUAAAUACGUCGGUACGAUUUUUUUAAUUUACCUAACCAAAAGACUUUUAUCAUAAUCUGAGCAUAAUCUUAUAAAUAAUUUUACUAUGGUAAUCUUUUAGGUGCUUAUGUUCGUUAUGAAAAUAUGUUGUGUUAUUAAGUUAUAUUUUGAGACAUUGACCACAGUAUCGAACGGUAGAACAUCUUUAUAGAAACGCGCCAUGUUCGAUUUGGAUGUAUGCGUGCUCAUAUCCGCACGUAGGCACACACCUCGGCUACCUGCACGCAAGCAUACACAUUAUACGGACGGUCACGUGUGGGCUUGCGUGCAAAUAGACGCCCGGCGCGUACGCACACUUUCAAACGUUCUCAAUGCGUUUGUAUGAAUAAUGUUCUACUUUUCUGUAUGUGCAUUGAGGCUUUAGGUAUAUAACGUACUUCUCUAUCUUCGUAAAGCUUUAUUUAUUUGCACUCUACGCACACAAAUGUAUAUUUUAGUAAUCUGUCAAAUAGCACUCAUGUUAUCUUUGUGAAGGUCCCUUAAUCAUAGAUUAUAGACAAUAUAAAGUAGAUAUAGUUCAUAGAUAUUUUAUACUAGACACACUGCAUAAAAAAAUAUUCCUAUAUCUUAUGUAAUAUGUAUUCUUUGGAACUAUUUUACAGACAUCCAAGUGGCAAAUAUUUUGUUUUAUUCUAUGCGUCUGAAAUAUUAAAAGUUUUUGGAGACAUAUUUCUGUUCGUGCCAAAGCAAUACAACAGUAAUUUAUGAUCAUAAAGUGUGUCUAGUUAAGAAAGUAUAUUAAAUAUCAGGUAAUCUAAUUCAUAAGAGAGUUAAAGGUUAUUUGUUGUUAUUAUAAUACAGAGCCUUUA